CCUCGAGUUUUAAUUUUUAUUCCAUUUAUUAUAACACUCGUACGCUUUUAUUAUUACGUAAAUAGUUGCGCACUUAUACUGCGGUACUUUUGAAUGUUGACGACGGUAACGAGAUCAAAUGCGCAAUGACAAACAAUAAAUAAACUUAUGCUCACAUUAUACAGUAUUACUUUCGUCACGAUUCGAUAUCAUAAUGAUUCGUCACGGAUUGAGAACGUUUCAGUAUUUUACUUCAAAUGAAUAAAGUCAUUGGUGUAUUAAUUAUUCUUUUAUGUUUCGGUUAUGUAAUGCCAGUAAGCAACGAUAGAGUAACGCGGACGAAAACAAUAGGUUUCGGUGUAAGAGGAAUUAAGGGAAAAUUGGUAGAAACUCAAAAGAAUCAUCAAGACAAUUUCCUGACGAUUGCUCCUGCUUUACCUAUUUUACCUGGAGCUCCCAUACCACCAAAAUUGAACAAACGUUAUAAUUCACUCAGUUCAACAGGCUCACCAAUUAACAUAGAACAUGAUAGGAUUGAUAGUUCUACCACAGUUUCUUUACAAUGGACAAGCGAAGGAAAGAUCGUGGUGGCUACGAGAACAGCUGCUGAGAAGGAGAAGAAUCCUGACAGAAUGUGUCUGGACAGAAGAGGACUCACCACGUUCCCAAACAUAAUUGGAGAGCCCCGUUUGCGUUUGCUAUCUCUUCAGCACAAUCUCCUCACAAGGAUUGAGAAUUCCAGUUUCUUUCAAUUAUCGAAACUAGUAUUUCUCGAUUUGUAUGAUAAUCAGAUUGAAAGGAUAUGUAAUUUUGAGGUCUUAGAAAAUUUAAGAGUACUAUUGAUUGGAAAGAAUAGGAUAAAGAAAAUUGAAGGAUUAAAGCAGCUUUCGAAAUUGGAAGUUUUAGACCUACAUGGCAAUCAGAUUGUGCAGAUCUCAGAUUUAAAUAAUCUUGCAUCCUUAAAAGUUCUAAACGUAGCUGGGAACAACAUUAAAACGAUAGGACAGCAUGAUUUUCGAGGUUUAGCAUCGUUAAAGGAGUUGAAUCUGAGACGUAAUAAAAUAAAGAGAUUAUCAGGAUUCGAUGAAACACUACAGUUACAGAAGUUGUACCUCAGUAACAAUGACAUCCAGAAAAUUGAGGACAUAGGGAGUCUCGCUAAGGCGUUACAACUUCGUGAAAUAACAAUUGAUGGAAAUCCUAUAACGUUGAACGGGGAUUACAUCUCGUUCCUCGUGUCAUAUUUACCUAAUUUACAAUUUUUAUCAGCCAUGCCGAUCACUGAGCAAAUUAGGAGGGCUGCCAUGGCCUGGAGAACAACAAAAGAACAAAAUAAUUCCGCGUUUCUAAGUCUCACCGCGCAAGUCUGUAUGAACGCUCGGCGAGAAGAAAUUAUAUCGAACGCCAAAAUAAAUUGGGAACUUCUCAGAUGUAAUUCAAAGUCGUCCGCAAACGACAGCAAUAAGAACAAUACUCGAAAUAGUAAUAUUAAUGCGACGCAAAUCCAGAAGUCGAAUAAAUUUAAUAUGCUGAAAGUUAAGAACUUGGAAAGGGUGAAGUCGAAAGGAUUUGGUAGCUUAACGUCCAUAAAUGAAAACAUAGAAGCUACCAAGAUAAAUAUAAAGAAAAGAAGUAAUUCGAGUGACAAUUUAUUUAGAUUGAAGGACACAACUAAGCCGUAUCCAUUAGAGUUUAAACUUCCACCAAUUUUAGAUUCCAUCGUAGAUAGUUUAAUAAAUAAUAAGAUUGACGAGAAAAUAAGAAAGAAUUUAACUAAGAUGAAGUCUAAAUGCGACACUGACUCGUCAAGCAGUGAUUCGGAAGCUCUGGAAAAUCAGGAGAAUUUGAAAACUUGUUUCAAUUCUCAUUUGCUAAAUGCUAACCAGUACAUUUCCCCUUGUAACGUUAACAAAAUAGUUAUUGACAAGACGUUCGAUCCUGUGAAUGUUUUGUCGCCAUCAGAAAUUGCAAGUGAUAUAGAAAAUCAGUGCUAUGAAAUAUUUAAAUCUCCCAAGUCGUCGGCAAGGGACGAAAAGGAUCUAUCGAAAUCGUCGAGCAUAAAAUUUCUGAAUCAACACGGUCUCAGCGAUUGCCAAUCUAAAUCGAGUAUCGGUUCUUCCGGGUACUGUUCCUUAAGCUCUAAAACCAACAGCAUUGAUAGUUGUAAAUCAGUGCUAAGCGAUUCCAGUACAUCGCCUACUAAUAAAAGCGCGGUACAAAAAUACAAGACUUCAGAGAAAAAUAAGAACAGGGUAAAAAGCGCACAGGUAAAAAAAAUGGUAUGUUACAAAAGUAAUAGAGCAGCGACUGCCAGAGCUAAGUAUAGAGCUACAACACCACCGAGUCCAGUGCCAUUGCAGAAUCCGCCGAAAGAAAGAGAGCAAGGUGGAGAUUAUUUGAUAGAAAUUGUUGGCCGCUGUUUAAAUGUUUACGGCCAAGGCGCUCUGCGUUUUAUCGAUCGGCCGUGGGACGUAUCGAAAGCUCAGGACGUAAACGUAGUUAAAUUUAAUUAUGUACAGUUCAACGACGUGGCCAAAGUUUUGUGUAAAGUAAAAAAUCGAUUUCCAAACGUGGAACAUUUUACGUUUAAAGAAACUAACAUCAGUUACCUGGGACAACUGAACGCUUUAGCUGAAAUACAAGGAUUGACUAGUAUCAAUAUUGAAACUGGAAACCCGAUCAUUUCAAAGGAUUGGAAAACUUAUGCUGUAUUCCGUUUAGCUCAUUGGGGCUUAAAAGUUAUCAAUGGAAAAGAAAUCACGAACGAAGAAAUCGAUUUAGCGAACAAAGAAUACGCUGGUCUCGUAGAUAUCGUGAUGUGUUCACUGCCAGAAUCUUUGUUACAACCUUUACUGCAGAGACUUCAUUUAGAAAGAGUGCAGAGGCAAACUGGAGAACAAAUUACUGCCAAACAAUUUUUACUCAACAGUGAUCCAGCCCUCAGAAGCGUCGUUGCUAAGGAGGCGUUGCAAUGGAGAAAAGGCACCAUAACACAGGAAGACCUUAUCUGGAGACACAGAGGUAAACUACAUUUAUUAGAGUUGAUAAACCUCACCGUAGAUGCGAUACACAAGUUGCAACUACUUGAAGACACAUGGCCAAGUAUUUUGUAUGAUAUUAUUCACACCACUUUGUUAGAUUUUUCUGAGAUGGACACGUACAUGAAACAUUGCAGCGAAACGCUUGAGGGCGAUAAAUAAUUUGUACAGUCUACCUUAUCAGUAGGAAUUAUUCCAUUAUUCUAUUGUUAAGCUCACAAUGCUCACUUGAAUUUGUACGGAUCACCAGACAUAUAUAUUCUUUAUGUGUUCACGUAAACUUUACUGAUUCGAUUGACACAUCAUAGAAUAGACUACCUACGUAUUUGUUAUCUGGACAUUUUUAGCGCGUUUAAAAUAUUUGCAAUAAUAAAUUAGA